AUGUCGCUUUUCGGAGGAGAGUAUAAUAAUAACAAACCAAUGGACAUCGAAUACAAUAGUGCUGCUCACAAAUUCAAAGAACAAGGUAACCAGGCCUACAAAAACCAGGACUACGCCAAAGCCAUAACCUUCUAUACCAAAGCCAUUGAAGUUGAUCAGUUAGAUCCAAGCUACUUUACCAAUAGAGCCCUUUGCUACUACAAUCUAAACAAGUUCGAAGAAUGCAUCAAGGACUGCGAUAGAGCCAUUAAAAUCAACAAUAAUUUGCCUAAGGCUUGGAAGAAAAAAUCUCAGGCUUGCCUCAAUCUGCUAAGAUUUGAUGAGGCUCUUGAAGCUGCAAAACAGGCUGCAAAGAAGAAAGAAAGACAGGCCAAAAAGAAGGAUUAUUAUGCAAUUCUUGGAGUUCCAAGGACAGCAACAGAAGCCGAGAUUAAAAAGGCUUACAAGGCACUUGCACUUAAAUAUCAUCCUGACAGAAAUAGAGGAAAGAGUGAUGUUGAGCAAGAAGAGGCUUCCAAAAAGUUCAAGGACAUUGCUGAAGCCCAUGGAGUCCUCACUGAUCCCGAGAAAAGAAGAGAUAUGACUGCGGACAAAUGGAUUACGAUGGCGAUCAGGGAAUGCCUGACUUUGGCAAUAUGCAUUUCAAUGCUGGAAACCCAGGAAACUUCAAAUUUACAUUCAACGGAACAGAUACGAAUGGCAUGGGCAUUGACCCUUCACAAAUCUUUGAAAUGUUCAUGGGCGGAGGAGGCGAUUCCGGCUUUGGAUUCCCAGGUUUUGGAGGAAUGA